AUGAGUGAACUUUCGAUGCUUUAUCCAGCGAUUGUAACCACGCCAUCAGCAUCUACAGCACCGCUGAAUAUGAGCACUCAGAAGAUGAUUGAUGAGGAUAUGGACGAGGACGAUGAUGCCGGUUCGAUAUCUUCAGAUGGAGCGCGGUCACUGAAUAGCGGCAAUAGCAACGUUAUGAAUGCAAACAAAAUGACGCUUGACUCGCAUGUGAAACGACCGAUGAAUGCGUUCAUGGUCUGGUCGAGAGGACAGCGUCGCAAGAUGGCACAGGAUAAUCCGAAAAUGCACAACAGUGAAAUUAGUAAACGUUUAGGUGCUGAAUGGAAGCAACUUUGUGAUGCCGAAAAGAGACCGUUCAUCGACGAAGCAAAACGGCUUCGAGCGUUACAUAUGAAGGAACAUCCAGACUAUAAGUAUAGACCACGACGAAAACCGAAAAAUAUCGUGAAACCAAAAGAGAAAUACCCAUUCGCACUUCCUUUCACAACAUUCCCACAUACUAAUCUACUCGGUCAACCGAGUGUUUCACAUCAUCCAACGUCGUUCUAUCCCCCUAUGCAUCCGUUAGAUAUGGCUGCUAAGAUUGCUGCCGACAGUGCAGCGCUAUCAAAAGCGACCGAAUUCUCCUACUAUCCACCGUUCUUUCCGGCUUCCUCUCCUGCAACAACAGCGACGAGUCUGAUGUCGGGCUAUAACCCCUACGAUAUUCAUCGGAACGUACUGGCUGCAUAUGCCAUGAAAACAAACGCCAUGGCACAUGCGGCAGCGGCUGCAGCAGCAUCACAGCCAUCUCCUCAAGGCAAUCCCCCGCCACCACCUAACAAUCCAGCAUCUAGUCUUCCGGCAGCUGUUUGA